CGGAACAAGCUCCGAAUAUAUUCUACAACUGCAACUGUCACGGUACCUAUUUGCCAUACGAACAGCUGCGGCAAAACUAAGCGCCUAAGCAACGUCUUGCCAAUCCAUACACACAUACUUACACACCCUUACAUAAGAUGUUGGAUGAUGAUAAUAAUGAUUUGCUGGCCGCAGCUUCCGAAAUACAACGCAAUCGUUUGUAUUUUGUCACAUUCAAGAAGAACAUCAAACCAAAGAGCACACCCAACACACACUAUUUCAGCAUAGAUGAUGAAUAUAUUUACGAAAAUUUUUACAAUGAUUUCGGACCACUCAAUAUUUGCAUGCUAUAUAGAUACUGCCAAAAAUUAAAUUCCAAAUUGACCGCAAAAUGUCAUGCCAACAAGAAAAUCAUACACUACACAACGCUCAAUGCGGCGAAACGGCUAAAUGCCGCCUAUUUGAUUGGCUCAUAUUCGAUCAUCUACCUAAACAAAUUACCAAUGGAUGCUUAUCGGCCGCUAGUCGCUGGCGAUAUACCCGCCUACACACGUUUCUGUGAUGCCUCUUUUGGGCCGAGCGGCUAUAAGAUUUCGCUAAUCGAUUGCUUGAAUGCUGUAUACAAAUCGCUGAAAGCUGGCUUCUUCAGUUUCGACGAUUUCGAUGCGGAGGAAUAUGAAUAUUUCGAACGUGUGGAGAAUGGCGAUUUCAAUUGGAUUGUACCGCAAAAGUUUAUCGCCUUUUGUGGUCCGCAUCAGAAGUCGAAAACACUGCCGAACGGUUAUCCAUGUCAUUCGCCCGAACGUUAUUUUGAGUAUUUCCAUGAGAACAAUGUAACCACUGUGAUACGUUUGAAUGCGAAGGUUUAUCAUGCGUCGAGCUUCGAGAAUGCCGGUUUCGAUCAUAAGGAUCUGUUCUUCAUCGAUGGCAGUACGCCGAGUGAUUUGAUAUUGAAGAAAUUCCUCUCCAUAUGCGAGAAUACAAAGGGUGCCAUAGCGGUGCAUUGCAAAGCUGGUCUUGGUCGUACUGGCAGCCUUAUUGGCGCCUACAUCAUGAAGCAUUAUAACUUUACAGCGCUGGAAGCUAUAGCCUGGUUGCGACUGUGUCGUCCGGGCUCAGUUAUUGGCCAUCAACAACAAUGGAUGGAAGACAAACAAGUAUGGUUAUGGGCCGAAGGUGAGCGCAUGCGCAAACGCUCCGGCGCGCAGUGUCCCAUACACAAGUAUGGCAUUUACAGCAUUGCGCUUAAACAGGUGCUAUCAACCGGUGGUGUGCCACAGUUGACACAAAUCAAGGAGAAUUGCGUCAAAGGUAUAUCACAAAAGGUGGAUACAAUGCAUCUGCAUGACAGCGAAGAGAUAUCAACUAACGGUAAUGUCAAGACGGGUGUAACAACGCGUGCGCGCUCACCAAUUACCGCCAACAAUAGCGUUGUCAACAACACAACAACAGCAACUACACCAACGGCAGCGACGAAUAAUCGCCGUUCCAAGGAUAAAUCCAAGGCCGAUAGUCGCAAUGCGAAUGUUAGCAGUGUCAGUGAUGAAGAUACCACCAUCACAGAGGAGAAUGGUGAUGAUGAAGACACCACCGACAAUUCCAAUGCGACUUAUAUAGCAUCAACAAGGCGACGAAAAUCACCAACGAUACAUGUUGGCACCACACUUGCGUCGGCUGCAGCGGCUGCGGCGGCCAAUUCGCUGGCCGAUAGCGUUAAACCGCCAACGCCGCCUGUGCGACGCACGCCACCCAUUGCGGUGAGUGAAGCCGUCGCACGUGUGUCACCCGCUGGCGUGGCAGAGCCGCUCUAUGCCGAAAAGAAGCUGAAGAAACCGUGUGUUGGCUUGGAGGCAGCGCAGCGCCCCACCAUCGCAUCGACGGUAAAAAUGACGCAGGCAGCAAUUGACAAGCAAAACUCGCAGACGCAGGGCGAUAAACUGAAUCAAAUCAAAGCGUUGCGGCGUCAACACCAUCCUACUGCGGUGCAACAGUUGUCACAGCAGGCGCCGCCAUCGAUAUUGCAACAACAGCAGUUGUCAACACAGCACAAUUCACGUGGCAACAGCACCAACGCGAAUGCAUACUCCAUGGAUUUAGAACGUCACAUGCGCGCCCGUUCACAACCCUUCCGCAACAAUAUUGCCAACAUAAUGCCGAGUGCACAUGGCACCAGUGGCGCGGCAGAAAUGGCGCUACCUCAUGCAUUGCGACAGGCCGAUUGCCAUAAUAUGGCUGCCGCAACGGCAGCAGCGGCGUCGGCAGCAGCUACAGCGGCAGCGGUGGCGCAUGAGGCAAUGCUGGCAGCAACAGCGGCGCUUAACAACAAAAAUCUCUACAAUUCAACACACACGACAACAACGGUAACAACCGGCGCUGGUGCACCGUGCACACGUGGUGAAGGUGGUGGCAAUGUCACAACAACAACGACGUCGACAGCGGCAGCAACGACACUACCCGCCGGUGGCGGUGGCAGCGUGACAACGCGUGCGCGCAGUCUGGCCAUUUAUAGCAAGAGAAUGGGUUUUAUGCACUUACGCAAAGCGGAAGCACAACAACAACAGUUGACCAAUAACAAUAGCAACAACAACAGCGCAAUUGGAAAUGUAGCCACAAACAACAUCAACACAACAGCAACGACAACAAGCAGCGGCUGCGCACUGCCACAUCAACAGCACCACCAUCACCAUCAUCAUCAUGAUGUCACCGCGCCUACGCUCAGCAGUCUCAAUAAGCAAACGAAAACGUACAACAACACGUUGAUUAGUUCGACAUCGAAUGUCGCAACAGCCGGCAUUAAUGAGAGUAAAAUACCGGUGGUGCGCGCAGGCGCAGCGCUCAUUGAUGUAAGCGGCGCGUCGACAACUACAGCGUCAGCUAGCAGUAGCGCUGGCAGCGGUAUUGGUUCAUGCGCCACUAUACCACCGUCGCGCGGUGGCGCCUCACGCGUGCCACAUCAUCACAUGACGCUACGUGGGCGCUCGCGUAUACGCUACAAUCGCGCGGGCGUUGCCGCGGUCGGCGCGGCAGUUGAGCCGCCCUGUACGGCGGUAACCGCGCGUUACUACCGCGACGCGUCCGCCAUACCGACAAUUUCGAGCGCAACGCCAACGGCGGCUUCCACGCCAUUAGACGCUGGCGGCGGCGGUGGCGCUGGCUGUAGUGGUGGUGGUGCUGGUGUUGUUGGUGGCGCGCGUUCCGUUUCCGCAACGCUGGAUCUAAAUUCGAAUCCAUUACAGGGCGGCGAUGCUUUCGCACAUAAUAAAGUGACACAGUCGACUUCACUACCUAAAUCGCAUAUAUACUAUCAGCGACAUCAUCAUAGACAUGGCAGCAAUGCCAAUAAGCAAAAUAUCAACUAUAAUAAUAAUAAUAGCAACAACAACAACAAUAAUAAUAAUAACACUAUUAAUGUACAAUUAAAUGAAAAUUUGCGUUCCACACCGCCUUUAGAUACAAACCGGCUGAAUAGCAACAACAACAAUUGCGGCGUUGGCGGCAGCGGACGUUGCAGUUACGAUGCGCUCAUCACAUCAGCUGCCGCCACCUCCUCAACAACAACAACAACCGCUGCGCGCGCCUCACCCACUGGCAUACCGACGGGCAUUACGAAACGCAACAAACGUUCGCUGAGCAGCACGCGCCUCGAAAAGGACAAAUGCGAUGAGUACAAUACGAAGCUGUUGCGCAAAACUGCCGGCAACAACAAUGCAACUAUGCAGGCGAACAGCAACACAUGCGCCAGUGGGAGCGCUAAUGCUAACAACAACAACAACAGCCAACUAAGUGGUGGCACUGGCAGUGGAAGCGUUGGUGCUGAGUUAAUUGUUGGUAGCGGCAGAACGGUGCCACAUGUUGGCGGCUAUCGCACGCGCCAUCACUUAACAAAUGUAUCGGCGACGGCGGUGACGACACCAACGUCGGUCAACAACUCAAUGCUCGAGUCAUCCACCGCUUCAUCGGCAUCGUCCACCUCCACAUCGGGUAUACCGACGCCGACGGCGGCCAAUACAGCGCAUGGCUUGUACUUGCAGCGCGGCAGUGGCGCGCGCUAUGCAGCAGCGGCGGUUUUGGCCGUCGAGCGCGAGCGCGAAACUAAACUGAAACUGCGCAAGAAAAUCAGUUACUGAGUGCGGCGCAGGUGUUUUUAGUUUAUUAUGUGAUUAUUUAGCAUAUUUUUAUAAAAAAAAAAUUAUACAAAUUUAAUUGUAAAUAUAUGUAAACAGUUACAUAUGUACAUAAACUGAAUUUAAAUGCAUGCAACUACAUAUAUGUACAUCAGUGUGAAAAUGCAACUAAAAGCCUAGUGUUAGGCGUCAUUGACUUGUUUAUAAUGAGCAAAAACCCAAGUUCAUAUGGUUUAAACACAUCUUUUGUUAAAUAAUUUUUUUAGACACUUUUAUGUUAGCUAGCGCACAUAACUGUCUCAUUGUCGACUUUUGUCGUAUUUUCGGAAAUUAUUUAGCACGAGAUCUCUGUAACUCACAACUGUUUAGGUGAGUUAACAGUUGAUGCGCCGAAAUAGUAGCGUGUAGCUGGUCUGCAGCUACAUAAGAAAAAUUUCAUUCUCUCGUAUUAGCUCUAACUCGCGCUAUCACACACUGAACUGUACUGUUGUGUCGUCACUUGUAACAAAUGGGCACACACAUUUUGGCGAAUGUUUAUUGUUUCUUUUGAAAAUUGAAAUCAAGAGAAAUUAAUGCACACAAAGGAAGAGUAAAUGAGAACCUUUUUCUUGUAAUUCUAGUAAUGAAAAAAUUGCAUUAUUUAAUUUAAUAAAUUGUAUAAAUGCUUUACUCAUUUCCUUAUGCAUUAGAUUUUUAGAAAUAAAUUAGAAUUUUUAUUAAAUUAUAGUUAUUAAUAAAUUAUUGUUCAUUAUUCAUUAUAGGCAAUCAAAAUAUUUUUUAGGAUAACAAGAAAGAGUUUUAGAGAUUGGUUGCCUAGAUCAUAUACAUUUUUUUCUGAAUUUGUUUAAAAUACAUACAUAUAUACUUAAUAAUGUUUCAAAUCUAGAAAUAAAUUUCAAAUUUAUUGUUAUAUAUUUUUUAAAUAUUUUUUUGUAAUAACUAAAUUUAAAAAUAUUGAAUAUUUUUCAAACAUAACGAAGUUUUUUCAAAUAAUUGUUUUUAUAUUUUAAAAUUUUAAAUUUUUUAAUUCAAAUUUACACUUGAUUCGUAAAUUUUUUAUUUCAAAAUCAAGUAUAUAUGUAGAUAUUUUAAAAAUUCGUUUACUUUUUACUUAAUAAAUGUUGUUGAAAUAUUUUAGCUUAUUAAUAAAUUUAUAUAUUUAAUAAGAAUUGUUCGCGCAAAAAAAAGAAAAAAAAAACAAAUAUUGGAUUAUGUGGAACCUAACUUAUAUUUAUAAAUAUAAAUUCGUAAUAUUUUUGACUGAUUUAAAAUUGAAUUCAUAAUACAAAAACAUCACAACAUGAGUGCAAUGAAUAUAUAAAAGUAUAUUUAUUGAAUUGACAGUUGAACUUCCCUAACUCGAAUCACCGUGAUCCACAAAAAACCAUUGAGUGAGAGCGACUUCCGAGUUUCGGAAUGAAAUUUGUAUGAAAUUUGAAUUCUA